AUGGCUUCGCUUGGUGACAUAGGCGUCGCCGCGGGUUUCAACGUAUUGACUGCCCUUGCCUUCUUGCUCGCAUUUGCAUUCCUUCGGUUGCAGCCCAUCAACGACAGGGUCUACUUCCCUAAAUGGUACCUCAGGGGAAUGAGAGACAACCCAGUCGUCUCUGGUGCAGCUGUGCAGAAGUUUGUCAAUUUAGACGGGAGAUCCUACUUGAAGUUUUUAAAUUGGAUGCCGGCUGCUCUCAAUAUGCCCCAGGAUGAGCUCAUUAACCAUGCAGGCCUUGAUUCUGUGGUCUAUCUACGGAUAUACAUAACCGGGCUCAAGAUAUUUGUUCCAAUUACAGUUCUGGCUUUUCUUGUUCUGGUCCCAGUCAAUUGGACCAAUGAUACCCUAGGACACAACAAUGUAGUCUACAGUCCUAUCGACAAACUUUCAAUAUCCAAUGUACCUAAUGGGUCUAAGAGGUUUAUAGCUCACUUGAGCAUGGCUUAUGUCAUCACAUUUUGGACCUGCUAUGUACUGUUCAAAGAGUAUGAAAUUAUUACAAACAUGAGGUUGCGCUUUCUAGCUUCAGAGAAACGCCGACCAGACCAGUUCACCGUCCUUGUGCGGAAUAUACCACCAGAUCCUGAUGAAUCAAUCAGUGAGCUUGUGGAACAUUUCUUCCUUGUCAAUCAUCCCGAUCAUUAUCUAAGACACCAGGUGGUUUACAACGCAAAUAAACUUGCUGAUCUGGUUGAAAAGAAGAAGAAGAUGCAAAACUGGCUUGAUUAUUACCGACUAAAGUAUGAGCGGAAUCCAUCAGAGAGGCCCACCACAAAGACUGGCUUUCUUGGAUGUUUUGGUUCCAAGGUGGAUGCUAUUGACUAUUACAAAUCAGAGAUCGAGAAAAUUGGGAAAGAAGAAGCUGAAGAGCGUAAAAAGGUCAUCAAGGAUCCAAAAUCAGUUGUGCCAGCAGCCUUUGUUUCGUUUCGCUCCCGAUGGGGUGCAGCAGUCUGUGCUCAGACCCAACAAACCAGCAAUCCAACAGUCUGGUUGACAGAAUGGGCUCCGGAACCUCGUGAUGUUUAUUGGAAUAAUCUGUCCAUCCCAUUCGUGUCCCUUACAGUUAGGAGGUUGAUAAUUGCUGUGGCAUUCUUCUUCCUUAACUUCUUUUACGUCAUCCCAAUGACACUCGUACAGUCUCUUGCAAACCUUGAAGGAAUAGAGAAGGCACUUCCAUUUCUAAAACCCUUGAUUGAAUUGCAUUUCAUUAAAUCAUUCAUCCAAGGGUUUCUUCCUGGAAUUGCUUUGAAGAUCUUCCUUAUAGUUCUUCCAACUAUACUGAUGUUUAUGUCUAAAUUUGAAGGACUGAUAUCACAGUCAUCUCUGGAGAGGCGAUCUGCAUCAAAGUAUUAUAUAUUCUUGUUCUUCAAUGUAUUUUUGACGAGUGUAAUUGCAGGAUCUGCUCUGGAGCAGCUUAAAACCUACCUCCAUACGUCAGCAAAUGACAUACCAAGGAUCAUUGGUGAUUCCAUCCCAAUGAAGGCGACUUUUUUCAUAACAUAUGUAAUGGUUGAUGGUUGGACUGGAAUAGCUGGUGAAAUAUUGAGACUGAAGCCGCUGAUAUUCUUCCAUCUGAAGAACUUGUUCUUGGUCAAAACUGAAAAGGACAGAGAAGAGGCAAUGGAUCCUGGCAGUAUCUGCUUUGACUCAACCGAACCUAGAAUACAGCUAUACUAUUUGCUUGGCCUUGUUUAUGCUGCGGUGACACCGUUCUUGCUUCCUUUCAUAUUGGUGUUCUUUGGGUUCGCAUAUGUCGUCUUCCGCCACCAGAUAAUAAAUGUCUACAAUCAGCAAUAUGAGAGCGCCGCACAGUUCUGGCCUAGUGUUCAUGGGCGUAUAAUCACGGCGUUGAUUGUAUCACAGCUGCUGCUCCUGGGACUGCUGAGCACAAACGACUUCGAGCAGUCGACGCCUGUGCUCCUUGUUCUUCCUGUGCUGACCUUUUGGUUUUACAAGUACUGCAAGAACCGGUUUGAGCCGGCGUUCGUGAGGAACCCACUGCAGGAGGCGAUGAUGAAGGACACCCUGGAACGCGCCCGGGAGCCCAACUUCGAUCUGAAGGCGUACCUGGCCAACUCGUACCUGCACCCGGUGUUCAAGGGGGACGAAGGCGACGACAGGUACUCGGUGGUGGACGACGACGAGUGGAUGGGGGAGGAGGUGAUCGUGCCGACGAAGCGGCAUUCGAGGAGGACGACGCCAGCGCAGAGCAAGCACGAAGGAUCGGAUUCGCUCUCUGUGCCCGAGAGUGCUCUACAGCGAUAG